AUGCUCCUGGAUGGGCCAAAGGGGCCUCACUCCAUCCUCGCCCUGGACAGCUACCUGUCUCAUAUUCACAAGAUAAAUUUAGAUGACCACAUCUGUGGGCAGGAUGGCCAACUGUUCUUGGAAAAGGGGCAGGAGGAGGUGGUGUCUCGGGGGCAGGUUCCAGUGGUGUCUCUGGGGUUGGCUGCGCCGGGACCUUGCGCCGGGCCAGCCGGUACCUGCCCUCCGCCCCCAAGAGGCAAGAAGCGGCCGCGUCCACAUGGCUUCAGGUGUUCGCAAGGCAAUCGACGGGCCCCCGGCCCUCCCCCGGCAGGGGCGCGCUCCGGCGCCAAGGCGCCCCAGCGCCGCUCCCGCCGGCCCGCCCGCCCGGCCCCUCCCCAAGCCCGGCCCUCCGCCCGCGCGCCUCGCCCCCUGCCCGCGGCGAAGCGGCGAGUGCCGCCGACCCCCGGCGCUGCCCGGAGCCCGGAGCCGGCGGCGCUGACCCCGCCGACCCCCGGGCGCCGCCCGCUCACACCCGCCGCCUUUGCAGCCGAGGCUGCGACGAGCAGGUACCUUCCCCCCGGCACCCUCCGACUAGGACCGGUGCCCAAGCCCUGCCCGAGUCCCAGGCCGGACCGAGUCCCCUCAGCGCCCUGAUGCCGGGCCGGGCCCUUUCCCCUCCGCGCCCCGAGGCCAGGGCAGGCCGCUCCUCUCUGCACUCACGGGCCGGGCCGGGCCGGGCAGGGACAGUCCCCUCAGCACCCGAGUCCCAGCCUCGGAGUCCAGGGGCUCAGCACUCCCAGGUCGGGCCAGGCAAAGACCUCUGCCCUCAGCCCCACAGACCGGACACCCCGGCCUGGCCCCAGCCCCUCCGCCCUGACCCCUGCCCCUCCCCCUCAGGCCCUGGCGGCGGUUUACCUGCCGGAGCC